AUGUCACAUUCUAGACAGGGCUCGAUAGGGUCUUCGAUAGAAUCAACGUCACAUCAUAACCACCCUCAGACUAUUGGUCCUUGGAAAUUGGGGAAAACUUUAGGGAGAGGUGCUACUGGAAGAGUGUUGCUCGCAACUAAUCAAGCUACAGGUCAAAAAGCUGCUGUGAAGGUUGUCUCCAAGUCUGAAUUGCACGACGAUGAACAAACUACCCAUGACGGUGGCGAUAGCGACGGUUUACCCUACGGUAUAGAGCGAGAAAUCAUCAUCAUGAAACUAUUGAACCACCCCAACGUCUUGAGGCUAUACGAUGUCUGGGAAACUUCAAAAGCGCUUUAUUUGGUACUCGAGUACGUUGAAGGAGGAGAAUUGUUUGAUUUACUCGUGGAAAGAGGUCCCUUGCAAGAAGCUGAAGCCAUCAAAUACUUUCGACAAAUCAUAUUGGGCACCGCCUAUUGCCACGCGUUAGGGAUAUGUCAUCGAGAUUUGAAACCGGAAAAUUUACUCUUGGAUGCACAAUUAAAUGUCAAAUUGGCCGAUUUCGGAAUGGCAGCUUUGGAAAGCAAUGACAAAUUGUUGGAGACUUCUUGUGGAUCUCCUCACUAUGCUGCCCCUGAAAUUGUUAGUGGAUUAAGAUACCAUGGUGCCGCAUCCGAUGUUUGGUCCUGCGGUGUCAUCUUGUUUGCACUCCUCACGGGAAGACUACCAUUUGACGAUGAAAACAUUCGAAACUUGUUGCUAAAAGUGCAAGCUGGUAAUUAUGAAAUGCCCGUCGAUGAGAUUAGCAAAGAUGCUCAGGAUUUGAUUGCAAAGAUGUUGGACGUGGAUCCAAAAACCAGAAUCAGCACCGAAAAGAUUCUAAAACACCGGUUGUUGACCAAGUAUCCGUGCCCCAAUGAAGAUCUCAUCAGCGAAAGAUCGCUUCCACACCCAGAAACUGCACACAAAUCGCUUGGGUCUACAAAAAACAUUGACAAACAGAUCCUAUCGAACUUGUCAAUUUUGUGGAAGGACAGAACAGAAGACGAAAUAAUCAAGGCUCUUCUCCGGAGCGGUCCAAACUCAGAAAAGACUUUUUACGCUCUAUUGAUGAGAUAUCGACACUCUAGCGACGAUUUCACCGGUGAGACGAAAAGAUCUGCAAGUGUAAGUAACAAGAUGAAGAGAAGUGGCUCGGUUGUUGCCGGUAAGAACCCGACCACUCCAAGAAAGAGGCGGGCAAGCCAAAUCAAUGUCUCGAGACCAAGUUCUUUUCAAUAUCGAAAUGGCCAGCCUGGUAUUGCUGUUAGCCAUAAUGCUCACAACAGGCCGAUUUACUCGCGGAUAUCAGCCUCCUCGUCGGUAAACAACUCUCCAAGAAAAUCUCCAAAAAGGAGGCCCAAUUACGACGCCUCUCCCAGAGGAUCUCCUGCAAAGAGACAACAGCAAGUACUUCAAAGCAACAGCAACAGCAACAGCAACAACAACAACCUGGCCCCGGCAAGGACCAUUCCAGCAAACAUUUACAAUGAGAUUGUUGACGCGCAAAGCACGCUAUCGAUUCCUCCCACGUUGCCUUCAAAGGACUCAUACUACUUGGAUAAAGGGUCCGAACAACCUCAAACAGCAGCUGACAGAUCAUCGACCCUUUUACAAUCGGCAAAAAUAUCUCCUUCCAAAAGAGCUUCAGUCAUGUCGCGAGCAACCAAGAAAUCGUCAAAGAGAAAAUCGAUCCGAGCAUCGAUGGCAAAAGGAUUGAUGAAGAACUCAAUAACCAUGAAAUUAUUGUCGACAUAUGCCAAAAUGGCGACUGAUAAUGAGUGGGAACACAUGGACAAGCAAACCAAGAGAACUUCGGCAACUUUUGCUGCCUUGUGUGACAAGAUUUUCAACCAAGAAGAGUACAAUGAAGACGACGAGCAAUUGAUAGACCCGGAGGAAAUCGAAGCACGAGAGUAUGAGCGAUUAAUGGAAAUAGAGAGACGAAAACACGAGGCAGAGUUGAAAGCUAGAAAAGAAUUGGAAAAGAAGAAAAAGAGGCAGAGCAGAAGGUCGAUUUUGAGCUCCAAAAAAUUGAGCAUUUUGAUCCGGUCUGAUGAAGAUCCCAAUAACAGCGAGCAAGAGUUGAAUAAACUAUCGGAGCUCAAGCAACCCAAAAAGCGUCAAUCGAAAAACAUGUCUGCCUUGAGAGCUUUGUCUGAGGGAGAUGGUGUCCCGACAUCUCGAGAGUUGACACUUGAGGAAGUGGAGAACUUGAAAAGAAGAAGCGCUAGUCAGCCUGUGCCAACACGAAGACAGACUCCGAUAUUAACGAGAAGACCAGUAUCUAAAUUGGAUCCAUUAUGGCAAGCACAUCACAAUGCGAAAAUUGAACGCGCUCAUGAUGCAUUGGAGAGAGAGUGGCAUGACAGUAAGAGAGGGGCACAUGAUAAGGCAAAUGACAAGGCAAAGGUGAACAGGCAGUCGGUGGUUUCAAUAAUGGAUGACAUUGCUGAAGAAGAAGUGGUGCCGUCGACAAAUAAGCUCAAAAAGCGAGUGACCCGCGACAGCUACUAUGAAACAAAGUGUGAUUACGAAUUGCCCGAGCCAGACCUCGAUGACCCCUCUUUGAUGGGAGACGUUUUGCCUCAUGCACGGAGAUCGGGAAAAGGCGACGAUGCGUUUGCGGGACAGGAAAGAGAGCUCAAAACAUUGAUUAGCGGUGUCAAAAUACCUAACGUUACAAGAAAAUCUAGAAACUUUACAAAUCUGAAUCAGCGAAUGUCUGUGCUUUCGUUGUACUCGACGAGAGGAUCCUACAUGGAUCUAAACUCAAUCAUAGACGCCCAUAGACCCGAGGAGACAGAGGAACGCAUGGGUCUUCCCGGGUCCGGGUUGAGAACAAGUUUUGCCGACAGAUUGGACAAAGCUGGUAUGACAGAGCAAGAUGAGGAGGAUGUUGAAAUUGAUGGUAAUUCGGUAAUGGACUUUGAAGAACACUUGGCAAAGAAGCGAUACUCGUAUUACGAUGCCAACGAAAAGAGAGCUUCUCGUGCAUCAACUACAAGGAGAUACAGUACCUCGUACAGGCCGACCUCCAAGGUUCCCGACUUGCCCUCAUCAGGCGAGCACAAUGAAACGUUUGCCAGCAAGAGCGAAGAUGUCAACAAGGGACAUUACAAGUCGAUGCUCUCGGAUGCUUCGAGUACAGAUGACGUUUUCGAUAAGAUCAAAUUGCCCGAGGGAAAGUCGUCCAUAUCUUCCAUCGACGCCUCGGCCAAUGGUGUAUCGAAAGCAAACAACGGAAAAAUUUCAUCAAACAAGCAGGUACAAAGUAGUCAAAACGGGCUGCAUAACCCGCAGCCACCAAUUAGAAACUCGAAACCUGAACCAAGGCUUCCUGAUGUCCCACCCAAGAACACCAAAAAGAAGUCGCCUCUAGAUGACAAGACAAACAAUUACGGCGCUGAAAAGGACGGAAAGAGUUCUUUCUUUAGAAAGCUCUCGUGGGGAUCCAAGAAAUCUACUGACCCAGCUGCAACUGCCCACAAUCAUCCGCCAACACAAACAGCUACAGCUACAGAACAUGACGAAGAGAAGCAUAAACCAUCAUUCCUUCGGUGGUUUUCUUCUUCUUCUGCUUCUUCCUCCGGUGCCGGCGGCGCAUCACAAGACUCCGAACUACGCAAGUUCCACACAAUUUUGCCAAAGGAGGAGAUGACCUCGGCCUUGAUUGCAUUGUUAAAGUCCUGGUCCAACUUUGGAUUAAAGGAUUUAAAGCACGAUCCGUACAGUUCUUGCAUCACGGGUUCCAUUUCCAAACACAACUCGUUUGAUCUAAAGAGUUGCAAAUUCAGAAUCCGCCUAGCCCCUCGAAGCAGGGGUGAGAAGUCCGAGAUUAUAUGCACGAGAGUCAAGGGGUCAGCCGUGACAACUGAGACUUUGUUCAAUGAAAUUGAGAAGGUUCUACAUAAGGAAGGUGUUAUUGAUCAGUGA